GAACCAAAGUGAAACUAUCGUUGUUUCCCCCCGUUGACAAAUUCUCAGCGGACCCCAGGAAGCGGAAGUGUGUGAUUUUUUUGAGCACAACAGUCGGAAGUUUGUAAUCGCGAGUUAGCGUUUGUUUGUUUUUUUAUCCACGCGUUGGGUUAGACGGUGAUGUGUGUUUAGUACAGGUGGGAUUUGGUAUACACACGAACGAGAAUGACCAAAGAAAAGCGACACCGGAGAAGGGACUCAUCGGAGCGGGAGCCGAAAGUUAAGAUAAAGCAGGAGCAAGUGAGCCCCGUUAGGCCACAGAGAUCACGCCGCUCGAGGUCGAGAUCCAGCGGCAACUCGAGUCCACAGAAGAGAAGAGCGAGCAGGUCACCCGCCCGGACGAGGGAUCGAUCCCCGGCUAGAAGAGAGACGUCUCCUGUCAGACGAAGCAGAUCUCCUCCCAGACGAGCCAGCAGAUCUCCUCCCAGGAACAGAAGAAGUCGCUCUCCCCCACAUCGUGGUGCCGAAGUCCCAAUAAAGAGGGAGCGGGAGGAGCCUCGGUCUAGUGGCGAUGAGCGGCGGAGAAGAAACGAUCAGCCGGAGGAGAGGCGGAGCCGGUGGGAAUCGGACAGGCCGCGGGAGAGAGAAGGUGGCAGAGACAGGCCGAGAGAGCGCGGCGCAUUUGCUUCUCAACAAGCUGAGAGACAGCAGCACAACGAGCGGCGCAGAGAAAACCGCCAGCAGCGCGAAGAAACCCAAGAACCGGAUUUGGGAGAGUCUGAAGGAGGGAGCGAACCACCUGUCGAUAAAGAGAAGCCCAACUUUGGACUGUCGGGGGCUCUGACAGAAGACACAAACACAUUCCGGGGGGUGGUGAUCAAGUACAACGAGCCACCUGAGGCGCGCAUUCCCAAGCGCAGAUGGCGGCUCUACCCUUUCAAGAAUGAUGAGCCCCUUCCAGUCAUGUACAUUCACAGACAGAGUGCCUAUUUGUUGGGGCGUCAGCGAAAGAUUGCCGAUAUCCCCAUCGACCACCCAUCCUGCUCGAAGCAACACGCAGUGUUCCAGUAUCGACUGAUGGCGUUUACACGCGCAGACGGCACCGGCGGCCGCAGGGUGAGGCCUUACAUCAUCGACCUGGGUUCCGGCAACGGCACCUACCUGAACAAUCAGCGCAUCGAAGCCCAGCGCUACUACGAGCUCAAAGAAAAAGAUGUCAUCAAGUUUGGCUUCAGCAGCCGCGAGUACGUCCUCCUGCAUGAGUUUUCAGAUACGACCGAGGUGGACACCAAGGGGGAAGAGGAAGAGGAAGACGACGAGGGUCUCGAUGAGUAAAUUGUUUCCGCGGACUACAUUUCCCAAGUUCCUUCAGAUAAAUAUAUCAUCACCUUCAAUGUUAAACAAAUGGCUAUUUCGGCAGGGAAUGGAACACUGAAUGGAACUGGUAAAUGUGGGUCGUUGUUACAGUGAUGGAACAAGGCUGGCUUGUAUAUUCUGUAAUUACUGAACUAUUGCUUAAACCUGCCACAACUGUCUCAAAGGGGACUUCCUAUUCUCAGGUUGAUUGUGUAAAGUCUGUUUGACACACAACUAAUCUCACAUCUGACAGUGCUCACAAUACAAUGUGCUCGGUGCCAGGUAAUGAAAUCUUGCUAAAUACAAUAGUUAAUUAUAUAUAUUUUUGGAUCACAGCAAUCAGUACAAAGAUUAGCAUAAGACUUAUCUCUCGUCUAUGUCCCAGCUGUAUAUGUUAACGUACGAUACGUGGAAUGUGAAUCGCAUAUUGUCAGAGUCAAAGAUUACAGACAUGCAACUUGUAAUGAUAUUGCCUUUUUUUUUUUUUUUCUGUUGCUUUUGUAGCGCAGGGGAAAACAGUCGGUUGCUGUUAUGUGUUUACUUGCGCCAACGCUGGGUGUAUUUACAGACUUCCCCUUUUUAUUUCUGUCUAUUCUGACGCCGACAGCAUUCAUAGUCAAUUUUCAUUCAUGUACUGUAAAUAAAGACAGUGAAAAUUUGGAA